AUGGUUGUGCCGCAUGCACCGAGGACGGGGAGGGGUGAAAAUGCGACUGAAAAUGUGGACGAGACCGAUGAGGCAAACUGGAAGGCAGAGAGCGGGGUGCUGGGCCGUGCGGUGGUCACGAUCGGUGACGCGUAUCACAUUCCUGCGACGCGUACCGGUGGAGGCUGUGGGUGUGUCUCGCGCGGGCUGGGGUGUGCAGUCUGUGGCAACCCACUAGGCGUUGAACGAAUCUUGUGUGCGACGCAUGGUGGCCCGCAAAUAUCAUGUGUCUUCCUCGGCGGCUCAGUGUCCCCAGCGCCAGUACCCUCCACUUCUGUGUCCCCGCUCUCCCCACUUUCCCCGGCCUCCGUCCCCGCACCCGGAAUCAGCGCCCCGUCCCCACUGCAGCCGUCAGAUGUGGUGGGGGAGGACUCCGAGUCAGACAUGCCCGACCUCGACGAGGUGAGCAACAGCUCCGAAGAGGCCGAGGCAGGCCCAAACGCGGGCCCCGACUCUGCUGACUCUGAUGCAGCGGAUGACGAGAUUCGUGAGCUGGUGCGGCAGGCCAUGGAAGCUGCUAGCGACAACGAGGACGCGAUGAUCCGGCGCGUGGAGGCGGAAGUUGGUCGGGCAUUGGACGCGCCGGUGCCCACGCCGAUAACGGAGAUUCCUGCGUUGAUGGCGGCCAUGGGGAGGGUGCAAGGGGAGAUUGAGCGGCUUGCACAGCAGGCAAGGCAGGCCCAAACGGAGGGGGAAAGUGGGCAGGAUGACGAAGAUGAAGUGGAGGAAAAUGAAGAUACCGAUGAUGAAGAGGAAGAACAAACCGAUCAAGAAAACCAGGUGGACGUUCGAGCCGAGGAGGAAACACAGCCGCUCCUCGCGGCGGCGUCGGCGCUGCUGGAGAGCGCAGAGACGCGGGCCGAUCUGGCGGCGGUGGCGGCAACGACGGCCCGGAAUUUGCAGGAGGGGCGCGUGGCGCAGACGGAGCGCCUGAGAAACGCAGAACGGAGCCGGGUCAACGACAAUCAUGCCCCAAGCCAGACACGCUCGGUUGACUGGAGUCAGAUCGGCGCGGGCUCCGACUGGGCGACCUAUACGCAGCCCACAUUGAACACACAAAGCCUUGUGGCGGCGCUCCAGUCGGACUCCACCGCGACCACGACAGGGACCACAUCCCCGGCUCAGACUCCGACUCCGGCGCAGGAACCGCGCGACCGGGCCGCCGUCCGCCGGCUCAUGGCGGACGUCGCGGUCCGGGCCGCCGUUGUGCAGCCCACCUUCAGCUCCACAACCAACCCAACUGUCAACGCCAACGCCAACCCCGACGGCCCCGCUCCGCUGCCCCAGCUCGACGCGAUGGCCCGCGAGCUGGUCGCGGGGCGUGCGAUCGGGGACGCGGCGGCGCCACAACGCCUCACGACUUUGCAGGUCCUACGGGGCAGGAUACUGGAGAUAGAUGAGAUACUGAGCCGCUCGAGGGGGUUGUUGGGCGAGCGGGGGGCGGGGGUUGAGGGGAGUGGGGCGGAUCCGGGUGGGGCAGAGCAGGGAGAGGAGAGGCGGAGGGUCGUGUUUGAGCGAUGA